CCGCGUCAUCUCUACGUGCCCCGCCCUACGCUGAUCAAGUGUUUCCGCCAAGAUGGUUGUCGGUGCCUUCCCUAUCGCCAAGCUCCUCUACCUGGGAGUGAGGCAGUUGAGCAAGCCUAUAGCGAACCGAAUAAAGGCCGGAGCCCGGAGAAGCGAGUUCUUUAAGAAUUACAUCUGUCUGCCCCCGGCACAGAUUUACCACUGGAUCGAGAUGAGAACGAAGAUGCGGAUCAUGGGUUUUCGGGGGGCCACCAUUAAGCCUCUGAACGAGGAGCUGGCUGCAGAGCUGGGCGCGGAGCUGCUGGGUGAGGGGAUCAUCUUCAUCAUCGGAACUGGCUGCAUGGUGCUGGAGUACAGCAGGCAGGCCGCCAACUCCCGCCACAAAGAAGAGGAGCAGAACGAGACCAUCAUCAGCCUACAGACUCAGAUAGCAGAGCUCGCUAUGACCACAGAGACUCUCGACGCUCGGCUCAGAGAGAUGAAUAGACAACUUGUGUCAUUACCUCUUCCCAACAAGAAGUGAUUCAAUGGGUUAUAUGCUACAGUAUGUGACGUGACCCAACAUAGUGCACAAACAUAGUCCUGCCAUGUGUACAGCUUGAUAUGCCCUUAGGUUGGGUGGAAAGGGUGGAUACAAAUCAGAGUGCUGUGGAUGUGUGCUCGAGCUGUAGCAGGAGAUUGCUAUGAUAUUCAUAGUGUAUUUCUGUGGUUGAUCGUGCAUGUUCAUUAUUAAGUUGUAAAUAAACAUUGACAAUAAAUUGCGAUGGCGUCCUUGAAAUGUAAUAUAUUUUAAAGCAGCUCCAGCAAAUCCCUUUCCUCUGAUUUCCAGUAUUUCAAUGACCUUAAUCAUUUUCAUGCUCCAUUUGGUGCUUCAAUUGUGGGAUUAUUUGGCAUUUUGUGCACUUGAUUGAAGGACAAAAACCAAAAAAUAUAUAUUGGGCCAAUAUCGGGAUUUCUUUAAGAAGAGGUUCAUGGACAUGUGGUGUUGUAUUUACGCUAUAAAUCCAUUUCAUGGUUCAUGUACAUUGGAUGUGAUGAACACUGUAAAAGGAGGGUGUAAAAUAAAAUGGUUCCCUGUC